AUGGCUAUUAUGGAUGACCAUUUAGAGGAGGUAGGGCAGGAUAGUGGGACAGUUCGGCAUCUGGAAUUUCUGCCUAAACUGAGUCUUGCUUUGCCUUGCUUAAUGGAAGAGAUAAAAGAUUGUUUACAUAAGAUUCAAGCAAAAUACUCGGACUAG